CUUGACCUCUAAGCUGAGUGGCAAAUAUUCGUAUUGAACAUGUUCUAUUGCGCUCCACGCACCGUCACUCACACGUAUUCUGGAAAGUGAUCAUCAGUAGAGCAACGCUACGGAUUAAUACCGUUAUACGAUAAUGUGCAUUAAUGCCUCUGGCUGAAUACCAGCUUGUAUUGGCAUACCUACUGCACUUAAUGGGACUUAAUACAUGUUUCAAAUAUAAUAGCGGUAAACAAUCGAGGAAUAUGGAAGACCUCCACUUGCUGCUGCAGACAAAUGACGAAAUUUUCCUUGCUUCUGGAAAUUCUGUUUUAGUUUCUGCAGCUGCCAAUAUUUCCUAUCUUACUCGUGCUUUCGAGUGGGCUAGCUCCAGCUUUCAUAUAAACAGCCGUACAGGUCAAAGGUGGCGUUCUUCGAUUGUUUCAUUUACAAGUGUACAGUCAGACUACUAUGAGAUCUGUGGAUAUGCUGGUCACUAUGUUCACUGUCAGUUGUACCAACUACGUGAUGGAUCGUGGCGAUGGCUGGCAACACAAAGGAAAACUAGCUAUCGGGAACUCACAGACAUUAUUUAUGACGCCCACGAUGGCUAUUACUUCGUGGCGUACAGUUCCUCCCAAGGCCAGAGUCCAGUGAUGGAGCUGCGAUCUGUCAAGGACCAAUUCAGUCUACCCAGUACAAGAAACGAGCCCCCGCUAUUCUCCUUUCAUUCAGAUGAAGCAAACUUGGAGUGGUGGGAGAAAAUAAUACGGACAAACAACCACAAUGAACUCCAGUUCACUUCUACCGCGGAAUUUCGCUUACAUGGCAUUGCCCUGGCCCCAGGGCGACGAUAUCUUGUCUUCUCUGAAGAGGCCAAGGAGUUGCAAAGCCUUGAGACUCCGUGGAGCAGAAAUCACAACAAGGUGGUGUAUACACACAUCGCAAGAAUAUGCACUGGGGACCCUGGACUCAAGCUACCAAACGAGGAGGGGUUGUAUUUCACUUCAUUUUUUAAAACUCGUCUUGUCUGCAAUUUGGAUUACUUUGUAUCUUCCGGAGAAAGUGAAUAUUCCAGUUCGAAUAGGGUAAGAAAGUUAUAUUUCAAUUAUAUGCUUGCUAUGACGCAGGCCUACCUAUCUUCCACAAUUUUGCAUGACGAUUCGACAAUCUACGGCUUGUUUUCGGCCACUGAUCCGGCGAUCCCAUUUCUUCUCAAUGAGUUGGGAAUACGAAGCCCAAUUGCCUUGUGCUCAUUCAGACUUUCUGAUAUCAACAGGGUGAUUCACUCAAGCGAUCUGAUCAAAAUCCGUCCACCUACGCUACCCACAGCUCUUUCACGUUAUUUCAAUCAGACCACAUCUUAUUUCAAUGCUUCGGAGAGCGUACCAGCUAACUUGUGGAAGUUCGGAUGUACGAAUAGAGUCCACAGAAUUCGCCGAACUCAGUCAGGUGGAUUGGAAACAAUAACAGACUGUCCUGGACCAUCGAGUAACAAACGUCUUUUGGCGAUUGAGGCACCAAUGCUGGCCGACUCAGUUUAUCCAUUCGGGGGCCAAGCGCUGGCUCUACUCUCCUUACCUUCUCAGUUAAACGUAAUGAGGGAAGAUCCUCGUUUCAUCGAGAGGCCGCUUGCACAUCUGUGUGCCUCAUGUGAACCCUCAACCCUCGGCUUUGAUGCUGUUACCGUGUUCUACUUGGGCAUGGCCAGUGGUGAGGUCUUCAAACUCAUCGUAUUUAUGAUGAGCAACGCACAUUUACAAGCCGUCAGGAGAAAUCUGCACGAUAGGCCAGCCCUCGGCAAUGCUUCACGACUUAAGCAGUCCACAGUUUUGCACAAGCUACUCCUUCUGCCCAGGAGAACGGAAGUGACCACAAUCGUUCUUACACACGUGGACCAGGAUGGGCGGCAAAGAUUUCUGACCCCCGGGGUGAAAAUGCUUUUAGAGCCAAAUUCCACACUCAACUUGCUACUACUCAAUGGAAAAGAAUUACUUCAGACUGCAACUCACAACUGUCACAGAGCUCGGACUUGCAAGGAAUGUAUGAAGCUACGGGAUCCAGAAUGUUACUGGAGUGUGUUAAAGAAUGAGUGCAAUACUAAUCCUGACGGACUUAACGGACUGGCUACCGGUGAGCAUUCCAAAUGUGCUGAAUUCGACUGUAAACUUGAACAGUAUUGCGCUGCUAAUUCAGGCUCGACUUGCAGCACGAGGUCGACACUGUCUGCUGACAUAUGUAACAGGACCAAAGCGCGUGGAUCAGAAGUGGUGGCCCAGUUGAGGAUGUGUAAUGGAAUCCUCUGCAGCGAUCGUGCACAAAUGAAAAAUUCACUCGGACCACCUCGGCUUUCUGAAAAUCAGGAAGAACCCACGGCAAACCUAACAAACAUGGUUUGGAUUUUAACCAUGAUUAUUUGUGUUGCUACGGCCCUCAGUGCAACCAUUACUUGGGCCUGCGUUCACCACAAGUGUUUGUUUGGGAACGAAUCAUUGUGCCGCAAGAGAACCGUGCCAUCAAGGGAGGGACGCGUUCGGUGUCUCUAUUGUGAACGGAAAAAUGCAAAUUCUCUUCAUAUGCUUGAAAGGCAAACAACACUGGUUACUUCCAGUUGUCCAUCUUCAUUUCACUUAUCGUUCGAAAGUCCCGUAGCACACAAGGAACGUCCACUGGAAGCAACUCACUACUUAACAUUACCCUAUUCAAAAAUCCUGCCUGAUUCGCUUUCAAAGGCUGGCACGAUGUGUCUCAAUAAUGAUUUAUGCGGAUUAGUGAAGAAAGAAGUACCUAAUGAAAAUCUAUCAACCCAGCACAGACUCAUAUGUAAAGACUGUAACAAAUAAUUGACAUUUCAUUAUGUCCGUUUCUCGUUUGCUAUUGGCUAAAACAGCCACUGCCUUUUCGACAACCAAGUGUCACAAUCGUUUUUCCCAUCCUCUUAUUGUAUCGAAAUGGAUAACUCUAGAAGCAACCCAAUGGAUUCAUUCAUGCCAAGCAUCAUCGCGGACAUAGUUUCCGCUGUCACUCGUACUUAUUGGAACGGGUUACAUGCCGGUUGCAGAAGUUUCACAACAUUCCAUGACACUUGAGUUCAGUAAAGCUGCUUGGUCGAAAAAGACAGUUAUAAAGCUAU